AUGCUUAUUGGAGAAUUUACUAAUAUUAUUACUCAACAAGAAAAUCAACAAAAAAUUUCCCCAGUUGUCGUAACUAGUCUAAAACCUUUUAUUUUUUCAAUUAAGCCUCAAAAAAUUGCAAAAUUGUCAGGGACACCGCCAUCACCGCUUUCCCCCUUAACACCUCCCCAACCUCCUUCUGACCAAAUUAACCUCCUCCCGUCUUCUCAGUUUGUUUCGAACUUUCAAACAUUCCAUAGACGACGUUCUUCUGUUUAUUCUGUUUCAGAAGGACAAACAACAACUUCCAGAGAUUCUUCCUCUACAGAACAAACUUCAACUGUAGCAACGGCGUCUAUUUCUAGAAACCCGCCGCUUGGCCAUUUUGAACAACAAUUAUCUCGUUCACUCGAAAGUCUUUCAAUGGACGAAUUGUUUGGGGCUGGGCAGUCUCCAGAACAGGAUAAACAACAACAAACAUUAAAUACUGUAGAACAACAAGAGGAUUCUAUGGCUGAUGAUCAAUUACUUAGACAAAUUAUUGAUACUUUAAUUGAUGAGGAUAGAAAAUCCCAAUCAGUUGAAAAACAGUCAACUAACACUAGUAGACCAAUGGAGGAUCAACAACAAAGCGAAGCUAGUUCAUCCUUUCGCCCAUUAAUACCUGAAGUUUCUUCUUCAAUUAAACAAGAACUUUUGGUUACUACAAAUAAUACUGAUAAUAAUAGUAAUACAAUAACAUCAACACAAACAACUCCAUUUCCUUCUUGGUCACCUUACAAAAAUUUAUUUCCAGCAACACAUCCAGCAUUUUUAUUAAGAGGUUUUGAACUUUCUGCAACAACCUCUCCCUCAUUUUCUUCCUCUUCGUCUCUUUCCCCAACAUCUCUAAUUUCCGGAAAUUCUUUAUCACAAAUGCAACUACCUUUACAAUUACAACAACAAUUUACAAUGUCACAAUUCCAACAUCCCCAACAACAAAAACACCAACCAACAUAUUCACAACAACAACAAAGACGUCAGACUAUAAGCUGUUCGGUUGUUACAACAAUGAAUCAACAAAGACAACAACACAACCCUUCUAUAUUAACUAUGGCUGGACAACAACAACAUUUUAUGGAAGCAUCUGCUUUAGUUGCACAACAAACAUCGGCGGCAAAUUUAAUGAGAGGAUUUGAAGGAAUGUUUUCUACCACUCCACAAGAUCCACAACAUAUUAAUGUUGUUCAAGGUGGAACUAACAUUAUCUCACAAAUUCCACCUUCAGCAAUGACUUCUGUUGUUCCUCACCUUCCUCAAUCUAUCCGUGGCAGUCCCCUAUCUGCUGCAAUGUUAUCUGCAGCAUUUUCUUCCACAUCCACAGCAGUCACGUCUUCAUCAAAUACAGGAAUAUGUCAAAAUGUUGGUGGACAGGCUGCUUUUAUUAGUGGAGGAUCGCCAUCUACAUCGUCGUCACAUCAUCAAAUGGAUGACGAGUUUUCUCAAGUAGAUGAAUCUAAGAUUUGUGCAGUUUGUAAUGACUACGCUGUUUGUCAACAUUAUGGAGCAUUAACUUGUGAAGGAUGUAAAGGUUUCUUCAAACGAACCGUACAGAAAAAGUCACAAUAUGUUUGUGCUGGCGAUAAAAAGUGCCCAAUUGACAAAAAAUAUCGUUCACGUUGUCAAUAUUGUCGUUUUCAAAAAUGUUUGGAUGUUGGAAUGGUUCGAGAGAUUGUCCGUUUUGGUAGUUUAACAGGGCGUAGAGGACGUCUUCCUUCUAAAGUAAAAAGUUCUUCAAUUACUUCACCAUCAUCUUCAACUUCUUUUCAAAUGUCUACUUUAGGGCAACCUGAACCUGCUCAAAGUCCGCCCCUUCCCAUUUUAACAAUUAUUUCUAAAGCUUUUAAUGAAAUACAUGGACAAAUGAAUACGGCAUGCAGAAGAGAAAUUAAACAACGUUUAUCUUUAAAUGAGUUUUGUUCUAUAUUGGAAUUGGAACUUCAAAAUAUUUGGGGAUUUGCUCGUCGAAUACCUGAUAUUGUAGAGUUGAAUGAAUCAGAGUUGCGUUUACUUAUACUCCACAACUUUUUCCCUAUUUUUGCUGUUCGUCAGGCGUUUCGUUGGGCUGAAUUAAAGACUACACAAAUGCCAGAAGACUUCUGGUUUGAAGGCGGUAUUUGUCUCAAAACAGACGAAUUACCUAUAGAAUGGCGUAAAUGGUUCUGUGAAGUUACCGCAGUUGCCCACAACUUUCGGAUGCUUAUUGACUGGGAUAUUCCUUGUUUAGCUUCUUUGAUUGUUUUACAAAUGUUUAAAGUUGGACCAAGUAUUUCUGGAAUGAUUACCCAAACUUCCGUUGAACGUUUUAAUUCAACUUAUAUUAAUGCAUUAAAAGAUCAUUGUUGUCAAAGUUCAACACAACCAUCAAAACUUUCUAGAAUUGUUGCACAAGUUUCACAAUUCGAACCCUUCCGGCAUCUCGGUUCAGAAUGUUUAGGCUCCUCAUUGCGACAAUUGACAUCACAACCUUCACAAACAUUGACACAAUUAUAUUUAAAUAGUGGAGGAAAUUUAAAAAUUGGUGGAGGAGGGGGGAAUGCUUCUACAAGUAAUCAAAGAUAUUCUUCAAGUAAUUUUAGUGAAGAAAGUGAAGGAAAUAAACAAUUAAAUAAACAGCAACCUUCUGCUUCUUUUAGUGGACAACAAUUUCAUCGCGAUAAUUUUUAA